GCGUAUAGGCUUAUAGUUUUUUUUUUUAUAGUUUUUCAAUUUAAAUAUUUUAUAAUCAUCGUAUUAUAAUUUUUUCGUAUUAAGUUAAUUGUUUAAAAUUAAACUAUUCUUACUGGAACCAUGUCUAACUCUGUUUAUGAUACUUAUGUAUCUCCUCUUUCAACAAGAUAUGCGUCUACAGAAAUGAAAUUCAAUUUUAGUGACAAGAAAAAAUUUACUACAUGGAGAAGUCUUUGGACUUUGCUAGCCCAAGCUGAACAGGAAUUGGGACUGGAAAUUACCGACGAACAGUUAAAAGAGCUACGCGAUAAUGUGGACAAUGUGGACUUCGAGGCGGCCGCCAACGAAGAAAAGCUCACUCGGCACGACAUCAUGGCCCACGUGCAUACGUAUGCCGCGUGUUGUCCGACCGCCGGGCCCAUCAUUCACUUGGGCGCCACUUCGUGCGACAUCGGAGACAACGCCGACUUGAUAGUCUUGAGGGACGCUUUCGACAUUCUAUUACCGAAAUUGGCGGGUUGCGUGAAAACUUUAGGCGAAUUUGCAGAUAAACACAAGAACUUGGCCACGCUAGGUUUCACACACUUUCAACCUGCUCAACUGACUACGGUUGGCAAACGUGCAUGUCUCUGGCUACAGGAUUUGAUUUUAUGCGAAAAAAACAUAAGUCGUGUUCGUGCUGACCUCAAGUUUCGUGGUAUCAAAGGAACUACCGGCACGCAAGCGUCAUUUUUACAACUUUUCAAUGGUGACUAUGAAAAAGUUAGAGAAUUGGAUAACAGGGUAACAAGGCUUGCCGGAUUCUCAUCUUCAUACUCUGUCACGGGUCAGACAUAUCCUCGCAUUGUUGACACGGAAGUUGUUGGAUCCCUUAGUAUGCUUGGGGCCGCUGUUCAUAAGAUGUGUACAGACUUGAGGCUAUUAGCUGGCAUGAAUGAAAUUGGAGAACCUUUUGAACCCACUCAAAUAGGCUCAAGUGCAAUGGCUUAUAAACAAAAUCCAAUGAGGAGUGAAAGAGUUUGCUCUAUUGCUCGAUAUCUAAUGAAUCUGAUUAACAACCCUUUAGCCACUGCCUCUGUACAAUGGUUAGAGCGAACAUUGGAUGACAGUGCAAAUAGACGAUUGUGUUUAUCAGAAGCAUUUUUGGCUGCAGACAGUGUAAUGUUGACAGUGCAAAACAUCCUUGAAGGGUUAUCUGUAUUUCCUAAAGUUAUAUCAAGAAAUAUUGAAAAAGUUUUACCCUUUAUGGCAACGGAAAAUAUAAUUAUUGCAAUGGUCAAAGCUGGCGGAGAUAGACAAGUGUGCCAUGAAAAAAUAAGAGUUUUAUCACUAGAAGCAGCCAGUACAGUUCGUCUUGAAGGUAAAGACAAUGAUCUUUUGGAUAGAAUUGUGAAAGAUCCAUAUUUUGCUCCGAUAUUAGAUGAGCUACCACAUAUUUUAGAACCAUCAACUUUCAUUGGGUGUGCACCCGAUCAAGUAACAUAUUUUCUAAGAGAAGAAGUACAGCCUGUGGUCAAUAAAUACAUUUCCAAAAUCAAAACUACAGCAACAAAACUGGAUAUCUAAAUUUCAAUACUUUUUAAAUACAUACUAAAAUUCACUAUAGUUUAAAAUUUCAAAGUUUUACUCUUUUUAAAUAACUACAUUUUUCUAGUAAAUUGUAGUUUUGUAUAUUAUAAUAAAAUAUGUUGUUAUACUUAUAUUCUGUCCAACUAUAAAACACACUGAUUCUGCUUAUCUCUACUUGACAUUCUGCUAUAGAGACUAUAAAAAUAAAAAUAAUCCCACUGUGUAAAGGUGUCUCGAGGGAUAAGUAGAUGUAUCAAUUAUUGUUGGGUCACAAUCUAUUCUCUUGUUUGACAGAGUAUAGUAGUUGAAGAAUUAUAAUAUUUUUUAACCAAAAAAACAAUUUAGUUUUACAAUGUAAUUAAAUUAUAAUUAAAUUCAAAAAUUAAAACAUAAUUUAAUUUGUA